AAAUCCUGACAUUCCCAUCACCGACCCACAUCCUCCCCUACCAUGAAUUCGUCAGCGCCAUUCGCGCCCAGUUCCACCACCAUGCUCUCGUCGCUAAGAAUCCGUGCGGGUCCCAAUUGGCCUCUAGCGCUUAGUUUUCCACGGAAUUUGUGGAACGAUGCGCUUCAUGCGAAUAGGCGCACAGGGAUGCAGUGCGGUGACAGGCUGAGGUGGCCGGGUGGCGAAGCGUCAAUGAGGUCCGAGGCGGCGACAUCGAUGUUGCCGAUGGCCGGCGACCCUCAGCGGCGAGCCACAUCUUCCUGCCGGGAAGCUCCGUCCGCGGCGGCAGCAGCAGCGGCGUCAGCAGCGCAGCCCAGCGACCCGGACCUCGCCCAGUCGCUGCUGAGCGGCCGCAAGCUCACGGCCGUCGCGCACCAGCUGUGGAGCAGUGUGGUGCGGCGGGGCGACACGGUGGUGGACGCCACGUGCGGCAACGGCCACGACGCCCUCGCCAUGGCCGCCCUCGCGCUCUCGCUCGCGCCCACCGCUGGCGAUGCAGAGAGUGCGAGGGAGGAGGUGAGAGGGCGAGUGGUGGCCAUGGACAUACAGGAGGAGGCAGUCAGGAGAACCAAUCAGCGGCUGGCAGCUGGCCUGUCAGAGCAGCAGAUGGCUCGUGUGCACACCAUAUGCGGCUGCCACUCCACGCUGCUUCAACAUGUCGCCCCAGACUCUGCACGCCUCGUGGCGUUCAACCUUGGCUAUCUGCCUCAUGCCGACCGCCAUCCUUCUGUCGCCACUCCCUCUCCUCCCACCGCUCUUCCUGUGCUCACAACACAGCCGAGCAGCACGGUGGCAGCGCUAGCGGCAGCAGUGACAGCCACAGCAGUGGGGGGCGUCAUCAGUGUCAUGGCGUAUGUGGGCCACACAGGGGGCAGGGAGGAGUACGAUGCCGUGCUCAACGUGGCAGCGUCACUGCCUACUGACUCUUGGGUGUGCUGGGAGCAUCGAAGCAUCAACCGCCCUUUGAGUCCUCGGUUGGUGGUCAUGCGUCGUACACAAUAAUUGAGAAAUUAUAGGGUUUUUAUGCCCCAUUGAUGAUGUUUUUGUCACGGUUUUAUGCAAAUAUCCCCAUUCUGGUUCCUUAUAUGAU